CAGUGAGCAUCCGCAGUCUUAUUUAUCCUCUUGUCUGGCUAGCGCCCGAAGAGAGUACUUUAGCAUUACAUCGUGCUCAGCUGGUAUGAUCCCACUUAUGAUGCGAAUAUGCCUGUCAGUGUGAGUACCCGAGUUACACAAAUCGUAAUAUUACCACUUGGUUCAUCGAUCGUGACAAUAGCACUAUUUGACAUGCACUAUGGUCAGGCAUCAACAAUACUACGCCAGAACUUUAGCUGGAGUCGAGUCGACCCUACCAUAUUUGCGAGCGACGAGGACAUGAUGCAGGCGGUCAUCAAUGAACAGGUUUGGUUGGCUCUUGUCGUCGAGACGAACGCUACUGAUAAACUGUCUGACGCAAGGAAGACCGGAAACAGUACUUUCAACUCCACUUCCUUGCUCACUGUUCACUAUGCUCAGGCUCGUCAAGAAAUCGCGGUUGGCACUUAUGUACUUGAUUAUGGCAAUCUCCCGCAACCUCCUUGGAGAGAUUACGUCGUCUCUUGCUGCUACUUCUGCACAGCAAUAUUCCACGUAAAUUUAUGGGCAAGGUCGGACCAAUGAAAUACCCUUGCAACUAAUUUGCACAAGCCCCGCAAACAAUUUCUCCUGGCAUCGGAUAGACCAGACUUCCGGUGAUUUCCACGCACGCGUGAAAAAUUUCUGGCGGUCUCUAGGCACUGUACCCGCACCCUUGUGGGGUUUACCGUGGGUACUAUCUAAAGACUUGUAGUUAUAAAUGCAAAAACAAUAUCGAAACAAAUUGUACCUAUUCAAGUUGCACAGGCACACAACAAGGAGCGAAGCACGCAAAAGCAAAACAAACAAACAUUUCUUCCCAA